AUGGUGACGUGGAUUGAAUUCACUAAUUUGACCUUUGAUGAAUUCUUAGUCACAAGAGUGAAUGAAUGCCUGAAUACCCAGAUAUGCCCUUCGAAAUCCACCUGCACUGACACCAUAGAAAGCUACUUUUGCACCUGUAAAUACGGAUAUGAAUCGAGCAGUGGGAAAAGACAUUUUACUGAUCCUGGAGUGACGUGCACAGAUAUAGAUGAAUGCCAGAACACCACACGGUGCCCACCUACAGCCACUUGUAAGAACACCCAGGGAGGCUACUUUUGUGUCUGCAAAGCUGGCUUUGUGACGAUGGAUGGGAAACCUCAAUUUACUGGCUCUGGAGCAACCUGCAUAGAUAUAGAUGAAUGCCAGAACACCACACUGUGCCCACCUACAGCCACUUGUAAGAACACCCAGGGCAGCUACUUUUGUGUCUGCAAAGCUGGCUUUGUGACAGCGGAUGGGAAACCUCAGUUUACUGGCUCUGGAGUAACCUGCAUAGAUAUAGAUGAAUGCCAGAACACCACACUGUGCCCAUCUACAGCCACUUGUAAGAACACCCAGGGAGGCUACUUUUGUGUCUGCAAAGCUGGCUUUGUGACAACGGAUGGGAAACCUGAAUUUACUGGCUCUGGAGCAACCUGCAUAGAUAUAGAUGAAUGCCAGAACACCACACUGUGCCCAUCUACAGCCACUUGUAAGAACACCCAGGGAGGCUACUUUUGUGUCUGCAAAGCUGGCUUUGUGACAACGGAUGGGAAACCUGAAUUUACUGGCUCUGGAGCAACCUGCAUAGAUAUAGAUGAAUGCCAGAACACCACACUGUGCCCACCUACAGCCACUUGUAAGAACACCCAGGGAGGCUACUUUUGUGUCUGCAAAGCUGGCUUUGUGACAACGGAUGGGAAACCUGAAUUUACUGGCUCUGGAGAAACCUGCAUAGGAAUCAACUCUAAUUCUUCUACCCCGACACAAGGUACAUUUCCGGGACACUGUAAGCAACAGGAAAUAGCUAAUUCUUUUGGCAACAUCAGCAACAUCUUGACCGGGUCAUCUAUGGACAGCAAGGAAGAAUCUGCCCUUUUCUUGAUGGAGCAUCUUCAUGGAAUGCAAUUGAAAGCCUACAAAGCUGUCCUCAAUCAACCCACAGAAGGAACACUGUGGGUAGAGUCACAAUAUAUGGUUAUCAAAGCACUGACCAUCAAGACGGGCUGCAAAACAAAAAAGCAGAUAUUUAAAUUACAGGCUGAAAAGGAGGCGAUGGAUAUUGAUUGUACUGUCAUCACUGGAGGAGGAACUGGGAGUGCUGUGAUCUUUAUUUCUUACAAUAAUGUUGAGUCCAUCUUAAACGGCUUAUUUGUGUCUAAGGAAAACCUAACUCUUGAUGAAAAGCUGGAUGACUUGCAACUGAAUUCCAAGGUGAUAAGUGGUACAACGGGGUGCAUGAAGUAUUGUUCCCUGGCCAAACCUGUGAACUUCACGUUUCACCAUAUACAGAUGAUAGGGGAAGGCAAAAAGUCUCUUUGUGUCUACUGGAAUGAGAGGUUCUGGUCUAAUGAAGGGUGCCAUGCAAUCUUUUAUGACAGAACUCGAACUGUAUGCAGCUGCACCCAUCUGUCCACCUUUGCCAUCCUCAUUGCCUCGGUCGUGCUGACGGAAGAUCCCGUGCUGACCAUGAUCACCUAUGUGGGGCUGAGCCUCUCUCUGCUGUGCCUCCUCCUGGCUUCCCUCACCUUCCUCCUGUGUCGACCCAUCAAGAACACCAGCACCUCCCUCCACCUGCACCUGUCCAUCUGCCUCUUCCUGGCCCACUUCCUCUUCCUCACGGGCAUCAACCAGACAGAGAUCAAGGUGCUGUGCUCAGUCGUUGCAGGUGCGCUGCAUUACCUCUACUUGGCCUCCUUCUCCUGGAUGCUCCUCGAAGGGCUGCACCUCUUCCUCACUGUCAGGAACCUCAAGGUGGCCAACUACACCAGUGCAGGCAGAUUCAAGAAGAGGUUCAUGUACCCUUCAGGCUAUGGGCUCCCAGCGGUUAUUGUGGCCAUAUCUGCAGGACUCAACCCCCAUGGAUAUGGCACACCUAGGCAUUGCUGGAUCAACCUACAGAAAGGAUUUAUCUUGAGUUUCUUAGGACCCAUAGCUGCAAUCAUCUUGAUAAACUUAACCUUUUAUUUGAUAACCCUAUGGAUUUUGAGAGAUCGACUUUCUUCCCUCAAUAAAGAAGUGUCCAAGAUACAAAGCACAAGGAUGCUGACAUUUAAAGCCAUCGCUCAGCUCUUCCUCUUGGGCUGCUCCUGGUGUCUGGGCUUCUUUCUCAUUGAGUUUAUAAAGGAACCUUUCAGAUCAGUCAUUGCCUAUGCUUUCACCAUCACCAACGUCCUGCAGGGGUUCUACAUCUUCCUGGUCCACUGCCUCCUCAAUCAGCAGGUGAGAGAGGAGUACGUGAAGUGGUUUAAGACAAUGAGUAAAAGGACUGAAUCUGACAGUUUUACCCUUUCCAACUCUACCACCCACACCCAUGUGAAGCAGUUUGGUUUACACGUGAUUGAUCUCACCCUUAUCUCUAGGCAGUACCCCUUUGGGCUUAAUCUGAUACCUUUCUACCUGGUGCAGUGA